CUGUCCCUGAAGCUUGUUUCUUUCCUGAUUUUUCAAUCCGGCUUCGGGUCGUCAUCUCUGUUGCACUUCAUCUCUCCCUCCUCCCCCAUCUCUCGUACUCUAAAGUCGAUCAUCAAGCAUGGCUUCCUUCGACAAAGAGCUCGAGAUGGCGGAGGCCGAUGCUCGCCCUCAUGCGCCCCAUGUUUCUAAAGACGAAGCCCACCGGGGCUCCUAUGAGGACCCGGUCCGGCCGACCUCAUCCGGCUCGGCCUCGACGGGGUCAAGCAGCUCCGUCGACUAUGACCCCCAGUUGCACCGGCUGCAGUCCCGAAACACCGAAAUCGACCUCGAACGCCUGCGCACAGGCACCUCGCAUGCUCUCAGCCGCAUUGAGACCCAGCGCCUCCAGCAUGCCCUGACGGUGGGUGAAAGCGUCAAAUCACGCCCAUCACGAACCCCGCUGCCGCCAUUCGGCGCCGGCAAGCCCUACCCUCCGCCUCUUCCGGCCCGUGAAGACUAUGUCGUCGAGUUUGACGGCCCCGCCGAUCCUCUAUAUCCUCAAAACUGGCCCUUGAUGCGAAAAAUUUACAUCAGUGCCAUCCUUGCCUUCACCAGUAUUUGUUCGACCUUUGACUCUGCCGUCUUCAGCGGCUCGACCUCCAAUGUCUCGAAGCACUUCCACGUCGGCCUCGAAGUCGCGACCUUGUCCAGCUCGCUCUACAUCGUCGGUUACGCAUCAGGUCCGCUGAUUUGGGCCCCCUUGUCGGAAUUGAAGGGACGGAAGCUGCCUAUCGUCGUCGCCAUGUUAGGGUUCGGCAUUUUCAACACUGGGGUCGCCGUCGCCAAAGACCUACAAACCCUCAUGAUCUGUCGCUUCUUCUGCGGUAUCUUCGGCAGUUCCCCGUUGGCGGUCGUCGCCGCUGUUUUCUCCGAUAUGUACGAUAAUCGCACGCGUGGUGUGGCCAUCGCCAUGUUCUCCGGCACGGUCUUCUUGGGUCCCUUGUUAGCACCAUUUAUCUCGGGUUUCAUCAAUGCCUCCUACCUCGGAUGGCGCUGGACCGCCUACAUCCCAGCGAUUAUGGGUUACGCAGCUUUUGUGUUGAACAUCUUCUUCCUGCGAGAGUCGUACCCGCCCGUGAUCCUCGUCUCCAAGGCCUCCGAGCUGCGCCGUCGCACGAAGAACUGGGGCAUCCACGCCAAGCAGGAAGAGAUCGAGGUCGACCUGCGCGAGCUGGUGGUCAACAACUUCUCGCGGCCGCUGCGGUUGUUGAUCAACGAGCCCCUGAUCUUGGCGGUCACCAUCUACCUCAGUUUCAUUUACGGACUGCUGUACUGCUUCCUGACGGCCUACACGCUGGUCUUCCAGGGGGUCUAUCAGAUGCGCGCCGGCGUCAGCGGCCUGCCCCUGUUUGGCAUGGUGGUGGGCCUAUUCAUCGCGGCGCUGUACAUCAUCUGGAGCUCGCGGGGCUACAACCGCAAGCUGGACGCGAAUGGCGGCGUGCCUGUGCCCGAGUGGCGUCUCCCGCCUGUCAUUGUCGGCGGUGCGCUCUUUGCGGCGGGUCUCUUCUGGUUCGGCUGGACGGGCUUCACGGAUAGCAUCCACUGGAUCGUGCCCACGCUGAGCGGCCUGUUCACCGGCUUCGGACUCCUGAUCAUCUUCAUUCAGUUGUUUAACUAUCUCAUUGACACCUACCUCAUGUUUGCCGCCUCCGCCAUCGCCGCCAACACCUUCUGUCGGUCGAUGGUCGCCGCCAGUUUCCCGCUCUUCUCGCGCCAGAUGUACAACAGCAUGGGCAUCCAGUGGGCCUCGACUCUCCUCGGGUGCGUUGCCGCCGUCUUGGUCCCCAUCCCCGUCGGCUUCUACUUUUUCGGCCGCAAGCUGCGGAUGAAGAGCAAGUUUGCGCCCUUCUACGAGAAGGCGCAGGAGUCGCAUGCACCGGAUGAGGAUGACCACGUGGAGGGGGAGAACGGCUCCGCGGUGCAUUAAAGGGCUGCAAGAUCCAGACCGCAAAAGGUCUUUAUGGGGACGCGCAGGGGCAAAAAAUAAUUAUAUUAUUU